AUGACUAAAUAAGUAAAAUUGCCAUAAGGAAAGGAUACUGAAUUAUCUUUGGUUCAUCCUAUUAUUGGAAUUUAAGGAUACUUUAAAGACACUAUCCAUCUUGAAUUAUUUGUUGUAGAUACAAAAUCUACAAGAAGAAGAAUUAUUUUGAAUUCUUUAAAAAAAAGUGAAUGUAAACCAUUUUUUAUUUCUUACCCUUUGUAAUCCUAAUCAAUCUAUAAUAAUUGGACGACCAUUUUAAUUUAAAUGCCGUCUUUUAUAUCUUAAUUUAAAGGGUCUAGUUACAGAAGUUUAGAAUCAAUUUUAAUUUAAAGUUCUUGUUACAUUAGAAGGAUUUUUACAAUGCAAAAUUAUAAUGAGUAAUUAUUGGCAUAAUUUUAAUAUCCUAUUGAAUCUAAUCCCAAGACCUUUUUUAUAUCAUUUCAAAAUGAAUAAUAAAUUUUUGUUGAAAAUAAUGUAGAAUAAUAAACGAACAUCCAGGCACAAAAAUAAGCUAAACUUAAAUAGAUCUAAUAUGAAAUUCCUAAAGUGUAAAAGUUAACUUUAAAUCCUUAAAAAAUUCCUGAACAACAUAAGAAUAUUUUAAAUGCUUCUGAAUCAAAUUGUAAGAACAAAUCCAAAAAAAAAGAAUAAAACAAAGAAAAUGAAUUUUUAGAUUGCUCAUUAUAACUCAAUUAAAAAUAAAAAGUUUUAGAAAAUGAUGAAAUAGAUUUAAAAAAUAUUGAUUAACUUAUCAAAAUGAUUGAAUAGGAUAAAAAUUAAUAAACAAAUGUAGAAAUAAAAGAUUAAAAUUAAAUAUUGAAUGAGGAUGAAGAUUUUGUUAAUAUCAUUAAUGCAAUUAAUGCUAUUGAGAAUCAAGAAAGUCAGAAAGUAGAAAUUGCUAUAAAAAAUCCUAUUGGAUGUACUACAAUUACAAAAUAAGGUGCAGCAACAUUAAUAUUAGAAAAUAGGAAGGAAUAAGAAAACUUUGUAAAAUUAAUAUAUGAUCCAAUAUUAAAUUGUUACUUUGAUCCUUCAACAAACAAAUGCUAUGUGUGAUUAAUUAUAUUUUUUUAAUAUUUUGAUAUAUAAAAUUUAUGAGUAAUUCUAAUAUAUAUGAAUUUUGUGAAGAUUUUGAUUAAGAAAACAUAUAGUGCAGUUUACAAAUGAAAAUAAAAAGUAGAAUAAGCUAAGAAUUGGAAAAUCAUAAGAUUAAGUGCAGUUUAUGAGUCAAUAUCUAUCAGUAAAAUUGAUUGAUGCUAAAACUGAGAAAUUUUUUAUAACUAUCAAGAAAGAAUUCUUAAUUUUAAAGAGUUUAUCAAAAUAGCAUCUAAAUGUUAUAAACUGUGUAAAGUAAUUCUUAAUUAUGAAAAGCUAUAGAAUUAUGCUUUAUCAAAUCAGAAGACUAAAGCUAAGCUUAUACAUUAGGGUUAGCUAUGGAUUUAGCUGAUGAAAAUUUAAUGAAAGUAAUAGAGAAAAGAAUAGCUUUAAAGAAGUAUUUUCUUGAUGAUUAAUUGCAUCAUACAUUUUAAGUGGUGUAUAUAAACACUCAAUGA